AGCCUGCUUGGUUCAAGCGGGCUCAGAUACGCGCGGUGCGCCCGAGGGGGGCCGCUCCGGGCGACGCGCCGGCGGGCGGCUGGGCUGCCGGCGGCCGCGGGGCCAUGGCUGCGGGGGACAGGACGCUUCGUUUCGCAGUCAACGAUGCAGUCGACCACACCGUCGGCCGGCACGACACUGCGUCUCGCACCUACCAGCAGGAGCUGGAGAAAAGGAAGACCAGGCAACGCGCCACGAUGGCGUACCAAGCAGGGGAGCAGGGCGACAUGCGCGACCUCAUCCUGCUGAGCAGCGUCGAGAGAAGAGAGAGGGUGGAGCGCCUGCCGCUCCUCUGGGGGAGCGUCAUCUGGCUCGUCGUCGCGAUCUUGGCUAUGUUCUUGGGCUACUUCUUCGCCCCGCUCCAGAAGCAGCAGUACAGGUUCGUCGGGCUGCACCUCCUGGCCGUGGGCCCCAGGGCCGAGUGGAAGUGCUCGCUGAUGUGGUGCAGCCUGAGCUUCGACAAGGCCGACAGGAGCUGCAACCUGCUGCGCAGAGCUUUCUUGUCCGAGCAGUGGGAGGACAAGCCCGGGCUUGGACUCGAAGACUUCGCCAUCAGCAUCGAUUCCCUCUGCGAGGGCGAUUCCCUGGACAUCGUGACCUACAAGAUGCCAAGCCUGUGCAACUCCGAGGCGAGUCUCUUCUUCAGCCAGGCGUGCAGAGUGUCUGGGUUCCUGUCCCCCUGCGGCAUGGUGGCCGCGGCUUCCACGAUCUGCACCAUUCUCCUGGUCGCGGCCUUGGUCACGCACGCGAUAGUUCUGUGGUUCUUGGUGAACGACUAUCAGCUGCUCGUCCCACCCUCGAGAGUGGAGCCCCGCUGGAAGCUGCCCACGAAGCUCAGGAGCGCUGCGAGACACUGCUCUAGGAUGUGCGGCAUCGCCGCGCUCGCGACUGGCCUGAUCUACUGUGCGAUGAUCCACUGGAUCGAAGCCGACGGUGGCUUCCUGACGUUCACCGCGCUGGGCUACGUGCUCACCGCCCCGGAGCAGCGGGCGAUCACACCCGGGGCGGGCCUCUAUGCGCUCGUGGGCAUCGCCGACGUGUUCAUCCUUGCCCUGAUCGGUAAGGAGAUAUUCAAGGCGCCGGUGACCCCCUCUGGCCUCACGGCGGACGAGCACAAGCAGAUCGAGCAGAUCGAGAUGCAGGCGAACCAGCAGCAGUUGCAGCCGCAGCAGCCGAAAGCGCAGCCGCCGCAGGCGUUGCAGCCGAGGCAGCAGCCGCUGCAGCAGCCGCUGCAGCUGCAGCAUGUGCAGCCGCCGCCGCCGCUGCAGGUGGUGCAGCCCUGGGCCGUUGUGCGGUCUGCAGGGUUCCCGGCCGCGCCGGCACCCGCGCCGCCCGGCUUCGGCGUGGUGGCGGCGCAGCUGCAGCAGCAGUCAUUUCAGAGGCAGCAGCCCUGGCCGACGGGGUGGCAGCGCCGCUGACGGCCGCAGCCCCCCUGGGUAUGUGGCGAUGAGGAGCCCCAGCAAGAGCACAGUGAGUAAGGGAGCGAGUCUAGCCGGAGUACAGUAGGUAGGUGCUCAAGGCAGUUGCUGAAAGGCGUUUCUCGCCCAAAGCUCUGAACAGAGAGUAGUUGGGCUCGCUCGCCAUGGAGCUGAGCGAGGAGGUGCCCUCGCUGGCCACAGCACUUGCCGCCGAGCAGGUGUUCUCGCUAGCCACCGCGUUGCAUUCUCUCUGGCCCCGCACGUGAUCGGACGCGCCCUGGCGCUGGCGCAGAAACAGCACACAACAAAAAACAAAAGAGAUGGGUCUGGCCAGCAUCGG